UUAUUCCAAUUUGCAAUUCAUCGUUUUUGUUGGCUUCCUGUGGUGUUGCAAGAAUAACCACCUCCUAAACAUAAUCUUCCGCUUCCCCUUCCCCUCACAAUUCCCUCCCUCGUCGCCACCGUUUUCUUGCUUUUCAUUUCUGCAUGGGAGCUUCCGCUUUCUGGUCCCAGAUGUAGUGGAGCUUCCUUUCCCAUUUCUUUGAUUUCGACGCUCAUUCUCGGACUCGCCUCUUUUUUUCUCUUCGGAUUCAGGAUUGAUCUCUUUUUCUUGUUGCCCAAAUCCAAUACCAUGACUGUUCAAGUGGAGAUUAAAGAUCAAACAAAGGAAAUUCUAGAAACGGAUAUCGAAGAUGGUGUGGCUGGAAAACAGAGAAAGGAAAUUGCAGAAACGGAAGCAGAACGGGGGACGAUGAUGAUAAAGGGAGAAGCGGAAGCGGAAUAUUCAGGCGACGAACAAUCGCCCAGGGGUGUGUUUGAGAUCCAGAUUUUGGGGACGGACUCAGACAAGAGCGAGAGCAGCAGUGGAGGCGGCGACGGAGACGGAGACGAAGACGGCGACGGAGGAGCCCUGUCGGUAUUGGAGAAACACGUGGUGCCAGGGGCUCUUCUCCAGGAAGCGAUCGGAAUUCCGUGGAAGGCGAUGAUCGGUUGCAUAAAGAAGAAGCCGCUUUGGAAAUUGUCGACAAUUCCUUUACUGACCGCCAGCUACGACAUUUCCAGGAAAAAUUUCAGGAAGAAAUUGGCUCGGAUUCGGAGCGCCGAUGACGCAAUCACUUGCGACGAUAUUCCAUUUUGCAAACCUUCCUGGAGGAACUAUGGCUUCUCCGAGCUCGCCGCCGCUACCAACAAUUUCAGUCCAGAAAACUUGCUUGGAAAAGGAGGGCAAGCAGAAGUUUACAAAGGUUGCUUAACCAAUGGCCAAAUUGUAGCGGUUAAAAGACUUAUGAAAAAGGAGAAGGAAAACGAGGAAAGAACUGCCGAUUUCUUAUCGGAGCUCGGAAUUAUUGCUCAUAUAAACCACCCGAAUGCUGCACGGUUGCUCGGGUUUGGAAUUGAUGGCGGCCUCUACCUUGUCCUUGAAUUCUGUCCCCGUGGCAGCUUUGCCUCUGCCCUUUUCGGUUCGGAAUCUCUGGAAUGGAAGAUUAGAUUCAAGGUGGCUGUUGGUGUAGCAGAAGGAUUAAACUAUCUCCAUCGUGAAUGUCCAAGGCGCAUCAUUCACAGAGAUAUCAAAGCCUCUAACAUUUUGCUGGCUGAAAACUGCGAUCCGCUGAUCUCUGAUUUUGGAUUAGCAAAGUGGCUGCCCCAAAAUUGGGCUCACCAUGUUGUCUUCCCCAUCGAGGGUACAUUCGGAUAUUUGGCUCCCGAGUACUUUAUGCAUGGAAUCAUUGACGAGAAGACUGAUGUAUUCGCUUAUGGAGUCUUGUUGCUUGAGCUCAUAACUGGCCGCCGUGCAGUUGAUUCAAGUAGACAAAGUCUUGUGAUUUGGGCAAAGCCAUUACUUGAUAGCAACAGCUUCAAGGAAUUAACAGAUCCAAAGUUAGGAGAUGAUUAUGAUCAAACUGAAAUGAGACGAACCAUGUUAGCAGCUUCAAUGUGCAUUAACCAUUCAUCAUCAUUGCGCCCGCAUAUGAACCGAGUAGUACAGCUGCUGAAGGGUGAAGAUGGACCGUUAGAUCAAAUAAAACACAAGUCUAUGGACGUGGAUAGGUCGCUCCUUUUGGAAGCCUGCGACCUCGAAGAUUACACGUGUUCGAACUACCUCGACGACCUUAGUCGCCACAGGGAGCUCGUUUUGGAGUGAGGCCUUUUUAUGUUUGUGUUGCUCUGCUGCCCUCAGAACUUUCUUGCUUGUUUGUGCUAUAAGUUAUAUUUAAAUUGAUGCCUCUGCAAUUGUGUCAAAGGCUGAGAUUGACGUUCACACCAGUCAGCGUCUCUUUUCUAUUCAAUGGCUGUAUCAUGUCUCGAGGCUCUUCUUUUUUGUCAAGAAGUAUAUAUAGAGAUGAUAGAAGGGCCUAAAUAUAUAUAUAAAUGUGCAUUUUCAGAGGCAAAA